AAGGCGGUGUGGCGCGAUGCGUUCAACAUCAAUCACAGCGCCUCGUCCAUCAGCGGGAAAGUGCGCUCUCUCCGGCUGUGGGAAUCGCGCUCACUCGCUUCGUGAUCUGCUCUGAAUAACACGCCUGUGUCAUCGCAGGAAAUGAACGAUCAUUUAUUGGCCAUUGGCUCAGACCUUAAAGUUGGUUGUUGUUGACUUUUCAGCACCACUUCUACGUGGACAGCGCUCGCACAGCUUGUCUCGGAUCUGACGCGACGUGGAUUUCUGUUGGAUUUAACUCCUUUUGGACACCUAUCGCUGCGAUUACGUCCAUUUCUGCGGAUAUGCUUGACUUGUCACACAAAAGAGGAAUUCAUUGCAAGACUUGUGGACCUGAAAGGACCUGAGCGCUCUCACAUCCACCAAAUCCCUGCCCAGGGGAAGCUUGAAGAUUAAAAACUUCUGAUUGAGGUGAAGAGGAAGGAGAGACGUGAGGAGAAGCUUAUCGCCUUCACCUUUGUUCUUCCUAAUGCCCUGAGUAACAGACCUCCUCUGGCAACUCUGUGAAUAACGGUGGACAUAAGAGCGGCACAAGUGAGGUCCCAUGAUGGAGUGAAGGAGGAGUGGGGAGCGGGGAAAGAGCCUGGCUGAGAGCUGUGCACAUAUUCCACAUCAAUUGAAUGUCUGAGUGAAAGGAGCGCCAUGAGAGGACGUGUUUUCCAUGCCGACUGCUACAAGAGGUUUUGCAUUUGACCCUGCGGCCAUUGUGAAACCAAAACAAAAUACCUGGCUUGUGGUGUCGUGGGCUCCUGCUUUGGCUGUGGUCAUGUUUCUCCCUCCCUCUAACAGGCCGGAUCAUGCCGGCUGUGAGAAGAAAAGCUUGAUUCUUCAUCUGCUUCUUCUCCUUGGGCUCCUUGGGGCAGCUCAGACUGCCAAACCCAAAGGCCCAGCACACACACACUUGAACUCCAUUCGCAUUGAUGGUGACAUCUCUUUAGGUGGGCUCUUCCCAGUGCACGCCAGAGGCCACGAUGGCAAACCAUGCGGGGAGCUGAAGAAGGAGAAGGGCAUUCACCGGCUGGAGGCCAUGCUCUUCGCCCUUGACCGCAUCAAUAAUGACAAUAAUUUGCUGCCCAACAUCACACUAGGGGCCAGAAUCCUGGACACCUGUUCCAGGGACACUCACGCCCUGGAGCAGUCGCUAACCUUCGUGCAGGCGUUGAUUGAGAAAGACGGCACUGACGUGAAGUGUGUUGGUGGGGGAGCGCCCAUCAUCACCAAACCAGAGAGGGUGGUAGGAGUUAUAGGAGCGUCGUCCAGCUCCGUCUCCAUCAUGGUGGCCAACAUUCUACGCCUCUUUAAGAUUCCUCAGGUCAGCUAUGCGUCCACAGCUCCAGAACUCAGUGACAACACGCGCUACGACUUCUUCUCCCGAGUGGUUCCGCCAGACACCUACCAGGCCCAGGCGAUGGUGGACAUUGUCAAGGCUAUGAGGUGGAAUUAUGUCUCUACUGUGGCCUCGGAGGGGAACUACGGCGAGAGUGGUGUUGACGCUUUUAUUCAGAAGUCGCGGGAGGACGGGAGUGUGUGCAUCUGCCAGUCUGUGAAGAUUCCAAGGGAGCCAAAGCCAGGCGAGUUCGACAAGGUCAUCCGCCGCCUCAAAGAAAAUCUUAACGCAAGAGUUGUGAUCAUUUUCGCCAAUGAAGACGACAUCAGGCGGCUACUUCACGCAGCGAAAAAGGCCAACCAGACAGGUCAUUUCAUCUGGGUGGGAUCCGACAGCUGGGGCUCCAAGAUUUCCCCAGUUCUGAAUCAAGAGGAGAUGGCAGAGGGAGCAGUCACCAUCUUGCCCAAGCGGCAGUCCAUCAAAGGGUUUGAUCGCUACUUCAUCAGUCGAACGUUGGAGAACAACAGACGGAAUAUCUGGUUCGCAGAGUUCUGGGAGAACAACUUCAGCUGCAAACUCAGCCGUCAUGCCGUGAAGAAAGGGUCCGGCCUGAAGAAGUGCACAAAUCAGGAGCGGAUAGGAAAGGACUCCAACUACGAGCAGGAAGGAAAAGUGCAGUUUGUUAUCGAUGCGGUGUACGCAAUGGCUCACGCACUUCACAACAUGCAUCGAGAGCUCUGCCCGGGGAAGGUGGGCCUCUGCAACAAGAUGGAUCCGAUCAAUGGCACUCAUCUGCUGAAGCAUAUUCGACGUCUGAACUUUGCAGGCAUUGCUGGAAACCCUGUGCUCUUUAACGAGAACGGAGAUGCUCCCGGGCGAUACGAAAUCUACCAGUACCAGAUCCGGAACAGAACAGCUGAAUACAAAAUCAUUGGCCACUGGACUGAUCAACUUCACUUGACUGUGCGCACGAUGCAGUGGCCUGGUGGAGUCAGACAGAUCCCAUCCUCCAACUGCAGCCAGCCAUGUCAGCCUGGCGAGCGAAGGAAGACGGUGAAGGGAAUCCCCUGCUGCUGGCACUGCGAGAGAUGUGAUGGGUAUCAGUACCAGGCCGACACCUUCACUUGUAAAAUGUGCCACUUUGAUUUGCGACCCAACGUGAAUCACACCGGCUGCGUUCCGAUCCCCAUAGUGAAGCUGGAGUGGAGCUCCCCGUGGGCCGUCAUCCCCGUGCUCAUCGCCGUGGUUGGUAUCAUGGCGACACUAUUUGUCGUGGUCACUUUCAUCCGGUACAACGACACCCCGAUUGUUAAAGCAUCCGGACGAGAGCUAAGCUACGUGCUGCUGACUGGAAUAUUCCUCUGCUAUGCCACCACGUUCCUGAUGAUCUCCACGCCUGAUGUGGGGAUUUGUUCCCUGCGAAGAAUCUUCCUGGGCCUUGGCAUGAGCAUCAGUUACGCUGCCCUGCUCACCAAAACCAAUCGCAUUUACCGCAUCUUUGAGCAGGGCACCAUGUCUGUGAGUGCGCCCCGGUUCAUCUCUCCCGCCUCGCAGCUCAUCAUCACUUUCACUCUGGCCUCCGUGCAGCUGCUUGGCGUCUGCAUCUGGUUCGGGGUGGAUCCGUCGAAGGCCAUUAUAGACUACGAAGACCAGAGAUCAUCAAACCCUGUGAUGGCUCGCGGUGUUCUCAAGUGUGACAUCUCUGACCUUUCUCUGAUAUGUCUGCUGGGCUACAGCAUGUUGCUCAUGGUCACAUGUACGGUCUACGCCAUUAAAACCAGAGGGGUGCCCGAGACCUUCAACGAGGCCAAACCUAUCGGGUUUACCAUGUAUACCACCUGCAUCAUUUGGCUUGCCUUCAUCCCGAUCUUCUUUGGAACCUCACAGUCUACGGACAAGAUGUACAUCCAGACCACCACACUGACCAUCUCUGUCAGUCUGAGCGCCUCUGUCUCCUUGGGUUUGCUCUACAUGCCCAAGGUCUACGUGGUUCUCUUCCAUCCGGAGCAGAACGUUCCCAAACGCACCCGCAGCUUAAAGGCUGUGGUGACUGCUGCCACCAUGUCCAACAAGUUUAACCCCAAAGCUGGACUCAGACCCAACGGAGAAGCCAAGACGGAGCUGUGCGAAAGCCUGGAGACGCAGAGUUUCCCAACGAAGCAAACGUAUAUCAGCUACAGCAACCAUGCAAUCUAAGAGACAAAGCCUCUUAUCUCCAUUCAGGAUUUCCACCUGACGGGGAAAAAAACAUGCAGCAGCGGCUGAUGGAAAAUAAAAUGGAUGUUUCAGUGCGCAAGAGAUCAAUGUUGAAGAUCAUAAAAGCAUUUCCCAAAGACCAGACAUGAUGGCCACAAAGCAGAGUAGGGAACCAGGAACAGAUAAGGAGACUUUUGAAUGGUACCAUUGUCCGUCAGCCUCACAGGAAUAAAUAUCUAUCUACAAAGUAUAUAAAGAAGUGAAAAUAAAAAUACUUGCAUGGCAGAGGCCUGACGAAAGAAGGAUGGAGCUUUCAGUUGGUGUUCACAUUUCAGCUACGCCCACCACUCCGUCACCCUGACUGACUGAACUAAAAUCUAAAAUAUGUUCAGGUGUCUUCUGCCAUUACCGGACUGCAAUUCAUCUCUCAACCGCUCACAAAGGAUUAAUCGACACCAAAAACAUUCUCCAUGAAUUUCUAACAAGUACGCGUUUUUAUUUCCCCCACAUGGAAAAAUCUAAAAAAAACGCAACGUCACUUGCCCCCGUCGUCACGCCUUCAUCCGAGGAAGUCCUCAUGUGCAAGAGGGUCUCUGCCAAUUUUCAGCAUGCCACUUUCAACAUCCUGUGUUGUGUUGUUCUAAGAAAAGAAAAGUACAAAAAAUAUAUAUUUGGAAUGCGUUUAAACUCUGUUGCAGCGUUGUUCAAUUUGUUUGGGCCCACCGCCUGUUGUACGUUCAAAGAUGUUCUCAAAUGGUGAAGGUCUAGUGAGUGAUUGUUUAUCUGUGCUUAAGUGAGGCCACGAUUGAUAUUACCAGCUGCCCCGAGGCUGCCACUGCCAUCUGCAUACCUAAUGUGCUUUUAAACGUUGGCUCGUAGCUAAAAUAAAACCGCAUUUUAGCCUGAGAGAUUUUUACUGUCAUCCAGGAUGACCCUCCCAUCACUGCCACCACCUCCAACGUCGGUCACGGUGUCACGACGGCUCUUCAGAUCCAUUAGGCCAGGAAUUAAAGGGAAGCUUAACCUUCAGAGGAUGGUACAAUCCGUCCUGAAUGUGAUAUCCAUAACACACACGAGAGGGAAAUUCAUCACUCUGUGUGUCAUCCUCAGGCACUUUGGUGAUGAGGAGGGAGGAGCCGCAAAGUUUAAGGGCCUCUAAACAAAAUAAAACCCAAUUGCUCAAGUAUGCAGUGUCUUUAUCGCUCACCCUGUGCUCGCUGAUGACAGACAGAACCGUUGGCUUCGUGCAGUAUAAAAAGCCCUCUGAUGUCUUGGGGAAAACAUUGUUGGCUCAUUUGUGUUGUGAGUUCAAAUGCUGCUUUUCAUGUCUCCCCAUCGUAAUACUUUUUCAACAUCACUUGUGUUGCCGAAAUAAAAACGUGAGUGCUGACCAAAAUUAAGUGGCAAGUUAAUGUAUGUUAUUAUAUAGAUUGAUGAUGUCUGCUUUAUGUCCUGACAUAUCUUAAAAUUGGGGAAAAUGUACAAAAAAGAAAAAAAAAAAAGAUACAGUGCCUGGCUAUCUGACUAUGUAUUUGUAAAAUCUCAUGAAAACUAAUGAAGUGUGUGAAGCAUG